CAGAGACAACAGCAAAAGUAUAAUGCUGCUAAUUUGCACCGGUUUAGCGUGGAACUAUAUGGUACUGAUACUGCUUUAUAACAUCAAUUCAAGCUUUGCACCACCACCUCAGCAUGCGUUAGAAAAGAGUGAAGUGGCACCCCAUGUACUUACGAAACUGAAAGAUGCAUUUGAGCCUUUCUUAAGAUUCUUCAGGCCAGUGACAUGCCGUCACAGAGAAGGACAAACCUUAAUUCCUUGUCCUGUAGGAGCUGGCCUUAACACAACCAAAUGCUUGGAAAAUAACUGUUGUCCUUUCCAAACCAGCUAUGAACCAAUUUGUUAUAUGCCAUUCAAAGACAAUAUGCAACUGACAUUUCGACUGAUUGCGCUUGUGGCAGGAGGAUUUAUAAUUAUGGGGUGUCUACCACUCUGUUGCUGUGCCAUUUUGCAGAAAUGCCAAUGUCUCAAUCAUUUACGAUGGGCAAACAGCAGAGUAGUGAAAUUUGUGAAGGGAAGAGCACAUACUGAAGAGCUUCGUGGCCUUCUACAAGAUUGACUUAAGAAAUAAGGACCAUAAGAACAGCAACAAAAACAAAAAGGAACAUCCAGCUGAUCUUGAAGAUCUCAAGCAGGACAACAGGAUUACUUGAGUAUGUCGUAAGAAAGAUGUUUUGGCUUAGUAUCAAAGUAAUACAAUGUUGUCAACCCUUGAUAACACUAUUGAUUUUGCAAGAGAAGGUCUUAAUUUUUAAUUCUUGUAUGUUUAUUCUUUAUCUCCUGUACAAAAAAAGCUAAUAACACUGAAAAGCAAAACUGCUCGUGAAAGUCUUGAAUAAUAAAGCCUAUUUUGUCUAAUUGAUACAACAUCACAGUGGAGGGAGAUAAAAAUACCAGUUAAUUGCCUGUUUCCAUUUAGUGGUCAGUCUUAGAAUAGUAUCUGGAUUAAGAGGAGAAUGUUGUCAUUCAUUAAAUUGGUAGCAAGUGGCAAUCUUACUGUUUCACUCAUCUGUAUUGGAUGGCACCAUAGCACAGUAGUGCUGCUCUUGCUGAGGAGAAUGGCUAAUUCGCUACCAGGCUGCAGAGGACUUGGGAAUCCCAUUGUUGGGCAGUUGCUUUAAAGGUACAUCUGGCAAAAAUACAAAGUACUCAAGGAAACCGUUAGUGUUUUCUCUGGCACUGUUUCUCUACAUGGUAUAUCACUGCACCUCAAGACUUUGUGAGCUUUGAAUGGCCUGCCUCCCAAGGUAGGUGAUUUCCAAAUGCAAUUUCUCUCAGUUUCCCUGUAGUGUAACAAAAAUAACAGAAACAAACAUGUAACAGUU